AGAGAGAGAAAGAGAGGACUGAAUUGUAGAGAAAGAGAGAGAGAGAGAGAGAGAGAGAGAGAGAGAGAGGGACUGAGCGAGCGGAGCGAGUUCGAGUUCGAGAGAGAGGGUUGGGGUGGGGAGGGGACUACUGUGCGUGGGGGAAGGUCAUUAAUGGCGGAGGCGAAGAAGGAGAAGAGCGAGGACAGCGUGAAGCUGUUCGUCGGCCAAGUGCCGAAGCACAUGGACGAGGUUCAGCUCCUCGCCCUGUUCCAGGAGUUCGCCCUCGUCAACGAGGUCAACGUCAUCAGGGACAAGGCCACCCGGGCCCCCCGCGGGUGCUGCUUCGUAAUAUGCCCGUCGAGAGAGGAGGCGGACAAGGCUAUCAGCGCGUGCCACAAUAAGAGGACUCUACCCGGGGCAUCUAGUCCUCUGCAAGUGAAAUAUGCUAAUGGCGAGUUGGAAAGACUAGAACACAAACUGUUUGUUGGCAUGCUUCCAAAGAAUGUAACUGAGGAAGAGGUUUCUGAUUUAUUUUCCAAAUAUGGAACUAUAAAGGACAUGCAUAUCCUAAGAGGUUCUCAGCAGACUAGCAAAGGAUGCGCAUUUUUGAAGUAUGAAACCAAGGAACAAGCAGUUGAAGCUCUAAAUGCUCUCAAUGGGAAGCACAAAAUGGAGGGUUCAACUGUUCCUUUGGUUGUCAAGUGGGCUGAUACUGAGAAGGAAAGGCAAGCCCGGCGGGCUCAGAAAGCGCAAUCCCAAGCUGCUAACAUGCCUAACACUGAUCCACAGAAUCCCUCAUUGUUUGGGGCCUUGCCAAUGAGUUAUAUCCCUCCAUACAAUGGAUAUGGAUAUCAGGCUCCAGGAUCUUAUGGACUUAUGCAAUACCGAAUGCCACCCAUGCAGAAUCAGUUUCACAACAUGAUUCCUCCAGUAAACCAAGGGAGUGGUGCACUACGGGCAAUUUCUCCAGAACUUGCACAUAGGAACUAUUCCAUGCCUACUGCGAGUUAUAUGGGUUCUGCAUAUCCUGCCGUGCCCGGCCUUCAGUAUCCCAUGGCAUACCCAGGUGGACUUAUGGGCCAUCGGCCUUUCAGUGGUUCUGCUGCUUCCACAGUUGCAGACAAUAACUCUGCAUCCUCAUCAAGUGUCAGCCAAAGCCCCGGGGGGCAAAGCGAAGGGCCUCCGGGUGCCAAUUUGUUUAUCUAUCACAUACCUCAAGAGUUUGGUGAUGAAGAUCUUGCCAGCGCUUUUAGGCCUUUCGGUCGGGUUCUGAGUGCAAAGGUUUUCGUUGACAAAGCAACCGGUGCCAGCAAAUGUUUUGGGUUUGUGAGUUACGACUCUCCAGAAGCAGCUCAAUCCGCAAUUAGCAAGAUGAAUGGACACCAAUUAGGGGGUAACAAGUUGAAAGUCCAGCUUAAGAGAGACAACAGGCAAAGCAAACCUUAUUGACUUAGGAGGAAUUUAAGUCGGGUCAGGAAACUGUGUAGGAUGACAAGCAUUUGUAGCAGGGGUGGAUCGGAGAAUGUGCGCGGGCAGUCGUAUAUAUCGGUCUGUGUCUGCUUCGGUCCAUUUCUGCAUUUGUAAUUGGGUGGUCUGUGUCUUAUGGGAUUGGGAAAGUCCCUCAAAACUUGUAAUUUAUGGGUCCAUUCUGUACUCUGUAACAUGUGUAUCAUUGGAAGCUCAUUCGGACAUUAAUGAUUUAUUGAUUGAUUUUUCCUCGAAA